AUGGCCGAGCCCAGCGCUCAGUUCCUCCCAGGAACCCUCCAACUGUUUGUUCGAGGCGAAUCCGGUGAUCUUCACGACCAAGAACUCAUCAUCUUGAACCCAACACCAACCAACAGCCCCAAUGAUCCCAUCAACUGGUCACCACUGCGAAAAUACUGGCACGCAAGCCUCGUCCUCUUCGUUACCGCAAUGACAGCUGCAAUUUCCAACGAUGCCGGAGCCGCUGGUGAUGGAAUGCUGGACGAGCUGGGCAUUUCCUACGAUGUAGCAAACACAGCUGCUGGUGUCCUGUUCGCAUCUAUCGGAUACUGGGCUCUCCUGGCUUCUCCUAUGCCUUGGCUGUACGGUCGACGGAUUCAGUAUCUUAUCUGCCUGACCUUCGGUCUGGUCGGAUCGAUCUGGUUCGCCCGGACGCAGGGUAUACAGGAUUCGAUAUGGAAUCAGAUGUUUGUAGGUGCAUCAGAAAGCUGCGCAGAAGCUUUAGCGCAGCUCUCGCUCUCGGACUUGUUCUUCCAGCAUCAGCGUGGGACUGUUCUAGGACUAUACAUCUUAGCUACCUCGAUGGGUACAUUCUUGGGGCCACUAGUUGCAGGGUAUAUCGCCAUUGACAGCUGGCGAUGGGUGGGUUGGACAGGUGCCAUCGUGUGUGGAUGCUCGUUGGUUGUCUUUUACUUUGGUCUGGAAGAGACAGCUUUCCAGCGGGAUGUCGUUCUCGGUCUGCCCGGGCCUCGUCCAUCGGUCUCGGUGGCCCCAGGUGACAAGAAGGAUGUGACUGGGGAAGUAAACGAAUGCCUCGAUGCGAGGGACUACAACGACAGUGCUCGGGUCGGCGUGGACUGCAAAAAGUCGUACAGAGAACGCAUCGCACUCAUCACACCCGCACCGAACCUGAUCGGUACAGGAUUCAAGCAGUAUUUCUACCGCCUCUGGCUCAUCCUCCGCGUCUUCACCUUUCCCGGUGUCCUCUAUGCCGGACUCCAAUGGGGCGCCCAAGACGCCUGGCUCACCUUCUACCUCACCGUCGAGGAAGACAACUACUUCGAGCCGCCGUGGAACUACAGCAACCAAGCCGUCGCCAUUAUGAACAUACCCACUCUCAUUGGCGCGACAAUAGGCUGCAUCUACGGCGGCUGGUUCUCCGACAUUUUCGUCAAAUGGAUCGCAAAAAGACGAGGCGGAAUCUCCGAAGCCGAGGAUCGUCUCUGGUUGAUGUAUCUCUCUGCAAUUAUCAGUCCCGCAGGAUUGAUGCUUUUCGGCAUUGGAUCUUCCCAAGCGUGGAGUUGGCCUGGGCCAUACAUUGGGUUGGCCAUGUCGGGCUUUGGUUUCGGCUGCGCGGGUGAUAUUUCUAUGUCUUAUUUGAUGGAUGCGUAUCCGGACAUGGUACUGGAAGGCAUGGUGGGUGUAGCAGUCAUCAAUAAUACCAUGGCUUGCAUCUUGACGUUCGUAGCGAGUCUUUGGAUUGAAGCAAGUGGUUUGGCGAACACGUUUAUUGCAAUCGGAGUGUUGUCUUUGGUGUUCCACUUGACGACGAUCCCCAUGCAGCUGUAUGGGAAACGAUGCCGGAGAUGGACGUACGGGCCCCUAGAGUAA